AUGAUAAAAUCAACCUCAAUUAGUAAGCUUCCAGCUUAUCUAGAAAAAACAAGAUUUGCAGAAUUUUAUGAUGAUUACUUUAAGAGUAUAGCUUUACCUAAUAUGUGGAAUUCUGAAGACAAAAGCUCUUUUUUAAGUGUGGAUUCAGAUGGAUUGAGAGUGAAUGAUAGAG